UCACUGUGGCAGGGGUGGGUACAUCUAAAGGGAUGCUCCUCCUGGCUUGAAGUCCCUCAGCCAAGAAGCCUUGGUCUCAGCAACCAGACCCCUAUGCUAACCUCAUGACCCGAAAAGAGAAGGACUGGGUGAUAAAAGUGCAGAUGGUUCAGCUGCAGAGUGAGAACCCCCGCCUGGAUGAUUAUUACUACCAGAAGUAUUAUCAGAAACUAGAGAAGAAGCAGGCAGAUGAAGAACUACUUGGGCGAAGGAACAAGGUUGAGUCCCUCAAGCUGGUAACGCCUUACAUUCAGAAGGCAGAGGCUUAUGAGUCAGUGGUUCGAAUCGAGGGUUCCCUGGGCCAGGUAGCUGUAUCGACGUGUUUUAGCCCUCGCCGAGCUAUUGACGCUGUACCCCAUGGAACUCAAGAGCAGGAGACAGGGGCUGCAAGCAGUCAGAGGCUUCGGGUGUUGUACCGAAUUGAGAAGAUGUUUCUUCAGUUACUAGAGAUAGAGGAGGGCCAGAAGGAUGGGCCUCCACAGCCCUGCUACUCUGAGCAGCAGAGCAACCAGGUUGAGAAGCUCUUCCAGACCUUAAAGACCCAGGAGCAGAAUAAUCUGGAGGAGGCAGCAGAUGGCUUCCUGCAGGUGCUUUCUGUGAGGAAGGGGAAAGCUCUAGUGGCCCGGCUGCUCCCCUUCCUGCCCCAGGAUCGAGCUGUUAGCCUUCUUCUGGCUAUCACUCACCAUCUGCCCCUCCUGGUCAAGAGGGAUGUGGCUGAUCAGGCCCUACAAAUGUUAUUCAAACCUCUGGGCAGAUGUAUCAGUCACUUGACCUUCCAUGAACUCCUCCAAGGACUUCAGGGACUCACGCUGCUACCAUCUGGCUCCUCAGAGCGGCCAGUCACUGUGGUGCUUCAGAAUCAGUUUGGAAUAUCUUUGCUCUAUGCCCUGCUAAGUCAUGGGGAGCAGAUGGUAUCCCUGGAUUCUUCCCUAGAGAAAUCCAACAGUGACCGUACAGCUUGGACAGACAUGGUAGUUCUGAUCGCCUGGGAGAUAGCCCAAAUGCCUACAGCCUCUCUGGCAGAACCCCUAGCCUUCCCCAGCAACCUUCUUCCUCUGUUCUGUCACCAUGUGGAUAAACAAUUGGUACAGCAGUUAGAGGCCAGGAUGGAGUAAGUGAUGGUAGA